GUUGCUCCCCCUGCUGGCCGCGGCUGCGUGCACGAGCCCAUGCCCCCGUCGUCACGCAGCCUGCCAACGCGAUGUGCUUCCCACACGCCAUGGAAGCGGGCAAGCAGAGUGCUGGGCACGGGUCGGGCAGGCGCGGGGGGGUGCUGCUGGAGCCCUUCGUCCACCAGGUGGGCGGCCACUCCAGCAUGAUGCGUUACGAUGACCACACCAUCUGCAAGCCCCUCAUCGCCCGCGAGCAGCGCUUCUAUGAGUCGCUGCCCCCUGAGAUGAAGGAGUUCACACCGGAGUACAAAGGCCUGGUGCUCGUAUGCUUUGAAGGCGAUCGCGACGGCUACAUUAACCUGGUGGCGUAUCCGUACGUAGAGAGCGAAGAGCUGUGCGAAUGGGAGCAGCCGAGACGCAAGCACUCCCGUCGCAGCCUGCAGCGCUCCAGCAGCGAGCACAAGGAGGAGGCCGACGCUGCGGACAGCAGCCAGCAGGAGCUGAAGAGCCCGCGCCUGGAGCUGCUCCAUUCGGACGUGCCCUUCCAGAUGGUAGAUGGAAACAGUGGCCUGGGCACAGAGAGGAUCAGCUACAAUCCCUGGAGUCUUCGCUGCCAUAAGCAGCAGCUGAGCCGCAUGCGCUCCGAGUCCAAGGACCGUCGACUAUAUAAGUUCCUGCUGCUGGAGAACGUGGUGCACCAUUUCAGCUGCCCAUGCAUCCUGGACCUCAAGAUGGGAACACGGCAGCAUGGUGACGAUGCCUCCGAGGAGAAGGCGGCACGCCAGAUUAGAAAGUGCGAGCAGAGCACUUCUGCCACGCUUGGUGUGAGGGUCUGUGGAAUGCAGGUGUACCAGACGGACACGCAGCACUUCCUUUGUCGGAACAAGUACUAUGGCCGAGGGCUAUCUGUGGAAGGCUUCCGCCAGGCGCUCUACCAGUUCAUGCACAACGGUGUACGUCUGCGCCGGGACCUGUUCAGGCCCAUCCUAGACAAACUGCGCCGCCUCAAGGAGGUGUUAGAGAGACAGGUCUCCUAUCGCUUCUACUCCAGCUCCCUGCUGAUCAUCUACGAAGGCAAAGAACCUCUGACAGACUCCAGGCAUAAACUGUCAGGACAGAAGUCUGUGUGGGACGUAGGUCUGGGUCACGGACCCUCAGAACUGCCCCCGCACCCCAAGCCCCCAGCAGCUUCUCCACCCUUCGUGGAUGUGCGCAUGAUAGACUUUGCCCACACCACAUUCAAAGGGUUUCGAGACGACCCCACUGUUUACCACGGGCCUGACAAGGGCUUCGUCUUUGGCCUGGAGAGCCUCAUCAGGGUUCUGGAGGGGAUCCGGGAGGAGAGCGAGUAUCCGUGACGACCUCCCCCGCCUUCUCUCGCAGGGCUCGGCUCCUCUUUAAGGAAACUGUUUACUGUGACAGGAGCUACAGCUUAAUAUCACAUUAGAUGUGAUCGCAAUGUUUUCACCAUGUUCUGGUAUUGUAAGGAGCAGCUUUACUUAGUGGACUCUUCACUCCCGUGUGGCAUUUGUGACAAGUCCAGCAAGGCACAUUACGCUCCAUGCAACUCUCUGGCAGGGCCUCCUGGGGCUGACCCUGGUGGUUUGGCAGCAGCCCCGACAGAAUGUGUGGUGAGCCUUCCGUUAGAGACUCCAGUGGAGCGCAGUUUACCUUAAACGGGAAAUCUCCGUUGAAUAAAUACACUACUUUAUGAAUCCAGUUUGACACCAAUGCCAUGACUUUAAUGCACAUUUUUUAUCUCAUUUUGCCUUCUCACUAUAUAUAUAAUAUAUAAAGUAAUAUAAAACCUACAUAUAUAUUUGUAUUUAAACACCUAUUCAGAAAUGCAUCAGUAUUGAUCACACUAAUAAUGUAUCAUUUUUAUUUCCCUUCUGCUUUUUCUCAGUCCCCUGCUUGUUUUCGUUGAGCUGAUUGACUUGGGUGGGCUGUGGGAUCUGUGGACUGCAGUCAUCAGUUCCAAUGCCGCUUAUCGCACACCCCCCUUUGUUUUUUUCUUUUUUUUUUUUUUCUCCCCGUAUCCUGCGGAACCUUGAUCAGACGCACCAGACAUGAUAACGGGGCUCUGCUUCGGUUAUAGGGUCUAUCUCUGGAGUUUAUCUCGUUUAUCUCCGUUGGUAUGUUAUUUUCUUUCUGUGGAGUAGGAGCUGUCAUCUUUUUCCUGUUAUCUGCCCAAUCCCAGUAUUUUAUAGGACACAUAAGCUGGGUGUGGAGAGCUCUCUAGACCCGCCUAAUCUAGCAGCAGUUACUUUAAUUCACUUGAUAUUCGUAUUUUACCGCUCCAUUUUACAAAGACGCACGGCAUCUUCUGAGCCGACAAAUUGUUCGGGCCCUCAGUGCGUUUGAUCUUACUAGGUAUUUGAAUGCAAAUUUAAAUAUCUCUCAGAAUUAGAUAUUUUUGUGCAUUUAGUUUUCUCCUACCAGUUGAUUACAAGAGUCACUGGGUAUGGAAGUCCUAUUUAGGCUCAAUCAGCCCGCAUGCGGGAUCGAAGUGAAGUCUGAAGUCUUGUCGUGUAAUUUUAAAAUAAACUUUUGCCUUCAAUUAAAAUUUCUCCGGUUAAAUAGGCCGUCAAGUCAUCACUCCCACAGAAUUUUUAUUAGAAAAUAGGACAUUAGCUGUACAAGUAAUGGACUUCACUUUUUUACUUUGGCUUGGAGUUGAUUUCUGGGUAACUGCAUGUAGUCAAUGCGGAAACGAGUCUUGUUGUUUCCACAUUGACUAGAUGCAGCUACCCAGAAGUUUUUCAGUAGUUCAGUUUGUCUGAAAACAUUAUAAAACAUAGAAUACUGCCCUGGCACUGAACAGAAACAACUAAAGAGGCGAACGGAGACAACUAUACAACAAAACCGUGGAAAAAAUGCGGCUCCAGCGAUCUGCUGCGCACAUUUCUGUUGAGUUUUUCCCCAGUGGUCGGGUACAGUAUUAUCAGCCUUGUCCAGUUAGUCACUCUGGUAAAUCCCUGCUUUAGUGGCCUUUUGGAUCACGGUUUAUACCAGUCAUGUUUAUACUGUGUUAAGCUGGGCCACAGAUGUCAA